AUGGGUAUAACGAACGAUGAGGGCCUGUCCGUGAGGCCGCGUCUGGGAAAAGAGAGCGAGCCUAAGCCUUGUCAGCUUGGUCAUUCCCCCUAGCCUCUAUACUUACUACCCUGGCUCACAGAUGGCGCUGGAGAUCGUAUCGUCAUCAGCCUCAGCCUCGUCCGUGUCAGUGUGUGUGUAGUGUGUAGUUGUGGUGCGCCUGCGCGACUUGGCCUUUCGUUCUAGACUUGCCUACAGUUUCCUAUUUUCGUGUCGAUCGUUUACAAAUUCUAUUUAGUUGAGUUUGAAUAUUGAAAAUGCACUGCUAGUCGUACUGUGGACGUUGUGGUGCCGAUUCGGUGCAAAUUGCUGUGUCUGGCUCGUUCGAGAAAAUUUCAUCACCGACUCCUAACCUUCAAAAUGUGUUUGGACUACACAUCACUGAAGAGAUAGUGGAAACAUUUCGUUUGGAGUACUGCGAUUCAACAGGCAUCUUCCAUUCGUGCAUCGCCUGCAACGCUUCAGCAAGUGGCAGAACCUUACAUUUCGGGCCUUAAAAGCCAAAGGAGCUCUCCAAACACACAUCGUGUGUCAGAAAAUAGACUCACUCAUCUCACUGGCCAAAACACAUGCAAUACUCAAGAGGAGUUCUUUUCAAAUCUACUGUGUACGCUAAAAUCUCUUACUGUCCUGGUCUGGGAAGUGCUCCGUGUGCUACAGGAUGUCUAUAGAAACUGACAACCUGCGGAGGAAUCUGCGAUCCCAAACUAUAGAAGAGCAAUUCAAGUGCUCCGUAUGCAACAGGACUUUUGCUACAUCUUGCAACCUGCGAACUCAUCUUCGAACGCACACAGGAGAGCAGCCAUUCGAGUGCUCCGUGUGCCGCAAAAAGUUCUCUCGAGCUUGUAACCUGUUAAGACAUCAUCGAAUUAUCCACACAAGGGAGAAGCCAUUCCAGUGCACUGUGUGCAACAAGACAUUUUCAGAAUCUGGAAACCUGCGGAAACACAUGCGAACUCACACAGGAGAGAAGCCUUUCGAGUGCUGCGUGUGCAACAAGACUUUUGCUUCAACUGGCCAGCUGCGAACUCAUCUGCAAACCCACACAGGAGAGAAGCCAUUCCAGUGCACUGUGUGCAACAAGACAUUUUCCGGAUCUGAAAACCUGCGGCGACACAUGGGAACUCACACAGGAGAGAAGCCAUUCGAGUGCAACGUGUGCAACAAAAAUUUUGGUGCAUCUAGCAGCCUGCGAACUCAUCUGCGAACCCACACAGGAGAGAAGCCGUUCGAGUGCGCCGUGUGCAACAAGAGUUUUUGCAGAUCUGGAGACCUACGGAGACAUCUGCGAGCCCACACAGUAGAGAAACCUUUCGAGUGCAGCGUGUGCAACAAAACUUUUGCUGCACCUAGCAGCCUGCGAGCUCAUCUACGAACCCACACAGGAGAAAGGCCGUUCGAGUGCGCCGUGUGCAACAAGAGAUAUUGCAGAUCUGGAGACCUACGGAGCCAUCUGCGAACCCACACAGGAGAGAAGCCAUUCGAGUGCAUCGUUUGCAAGAAGACUUUUGCUGCAUCUACCAGCCUGCGAACUCAUCUGCGAACCCACACAGGAGAAAAGCCUUUCGCGUGCUCCGUGUGCCGCAAAAAGUUUUCUGGAGCUGGUAACCUGUCAAAACAUCUUCGAAUCCACACAAGGGAGAAGCCAUUCAAGUGCACUGUGUGCAACAGGACUUUUUCCGAAUCUGGAAACCUGCGGAGACACAUGCGAACCCACACAGAAGAGAAGCCAUUCGAGUGCACCGUUUGCAAGGAGACUACGGCUAUCUAGCAACCUGCGAACUCAUCUGAGAAUCCACACGGGACUAAAGCAAUUCGAGUGCUCCGUAUGCAACAUAUGACUUUCGGAAGAUCUGAUGAACUGCAGUUGCAUCUGCGAACCCCCACAGGAGAGAAACCAUUCGAGUUCUCUGUGUGCCGGGAGAAGUUCUCUCGGCCUUCUUACCUUCGGACGCAUCUGCUAACUCACACAAGGGAGUAACCUUUCGAAUGCACCGUACUGUUGCUAUAUCUAUGUACUUGCGAGCUUAUCUGCCAGCCCGCACGGGAGUGAUGCCGUGUGCAAAAAUACUUGAGAGGAUUCUGAAUACCUUCGGACGCAUCUGCAAAGGUUUCGCUAUGUUUAUAUGUUCUUUCGUUUUCGCGGUCAGUUGACAAACUUUCUAGAAUGCUUGAGAUUUGCAUCUAAUAAUACAUAUAUACCAUUUGAUUUGUACUUCUAUAAUCAGUAUUGUUUCCUUUUUGUAUCUUGGAACUUUUAGCUUUUCUCUUUGCGCCUUAUUUGUCAACUGUAUUGUAAUUUUUAACUCUGCACCUAAACUUUAAUAAACAAACACGAUCGUC